GCCUUUGCAAGAGAUGGACGCGUCUACACAUGUGGAUCCAACGUUCAUGGUCAUGUGUAGAACUGCUUGCAUUCCUUUCUACUGUUCAAAUUGCUGCGGGACCAAGCUACGCCCUUGCUGUGGCUUUGGAUGGGUCACUUUACACUUUUGGAUCGGGCUCCAAUUUCUGCCUUGGCCAUGGGGAGCAGCUCAAUGAAUUCCACCCAAGGGCAAUCCUGUCAUUCAAGAGGAAGGGCAUUCAUCUUCUUCGUGUGUCUGCUGGUGAUGAACAUGUUGUAGCACUCGAUUCGAAUGGAUAUGUGAGUAAUCAUCAUAGAAGGAUUGGAUUUCUGUUUCCCCAUGUGCUUGCUAGACCACUUGUGGCCUUUAUCUGUUCUUAUCGGUUUAGUAUCUGAUAUAGAGAGCUCAUCCUAAACCUAUAAACAGGGCCCUGCUUGGUCACAUUUGUAAAUCAACCUAAAUUGCUAGAGCUAAUACGAUCUAAAGUUUUUUAAGAGAAGUGCUUCAUUCUAAAAUAGCUCUUUGUGUUCUGUUCGCAUUAUUCUCUUCUACAUCUCAUAGAGCAGGUAGAGGUAGAGGAAAUCAAGGAAACCUCCACGGAAGAAAAGAAAUCAGAGAAUUAAUCAAACCAUCGUAGUAAAUCAGAUUUGCCUAUAUGAAAGAUUCUAGCAAUAGAUCAUGAUAUAAAUGUAUCAUGAAUAAUUGAUUAUUAAUUAUAUCUGCCUUAAAUAUUUCAUAGGUUAUAAAUACUGGCUUCCUUUAGCAUAGGAAGCAUUGAGAGAUUUGAUGUUUGUUUUAUAAAUGUCAAGCUAGAUUAUUUGUCCCCUUGCCUCUUUACUCCCUAUCAACAUCUACCUCUAGUAGCAUCAGCCACCACAUUCAAAACACCAAGAAUCACUUCCCUUAUGUAACCCGUAUGGUCUCUGAUUUGAUUGGUCACUGCAGGUGUACACCUGGGGAAAAGGUUACUGUGGUGCCCUUGGGCAUGGGAAUGAGACUGAUAAGACUACCCCAGAACCUGGGGAAAAGGUUACUGUGGUGCACUUGGGCAUGGGAAUGAGACUGAUAAGACUACCCCAGAACUUGUGGACAGCCUUAAGAGUCACCUUGCCAUCCAGGUUUGUCCAAGUAAGAGAAAGACUUUUGUAGUGGUAGAUAAUGGCCUGCGGUCCCACCGCAUAUCUCAGAUUAGCACCGCACUGUACCACACCAUAGUAAUCACCAAUUGGGGACAACUCUUUGGUUUUGGUGAUAAUGAAAGAGCCCAACUCGGACAAGACACACUCCGAGGAUGCCUCAAUCCAACUGAAAUUUUGGUGCCGAAGUCAUCAUGAAUGUGAAAGUUGGACCAAUAUAGUUUACACUGUUUUCAGGUGCAUCUCUAGUUGUUAUCAUUAGUAUAUGAUUGUCUAUAUGGACAUGUUUACUUUGUGCGGUCAGGGAUGAUAAUGUUAAAUUUAUUAACUUACAAUGGUAUUCUUUUAGGAAUGUUUGGUUAAUGGGACAAUGUACUGCAACUUCAUGACAGGCAGUUGAAGAGUACAUGCAAACCAGAUUAUGCAAGAUCUGAAACAUACCAAACUGUUCCCAACCAGGCUCCACUUGAUCAGGCAAACUAACAUUAACUACGAAGAAAUUAUACAAAAUAUGAUAUUUUAGACAUAACCAGACCAGUAUUAAACAAGUUAUACACACAUAAACUAGAGCACCAUGAAAUAUUAGUUAGCGUGCAGUUUAGCUUUCUUCUAGUAUGUUGUUUUAUACGGAGUAGGAGUUUUAUGUCAUGAGUUCAAAUUCAGUUUUAAUUGAACGUUAAUCUUAUUGUCAUUUAUGAAUACGUGAAUUAAAUUAUCAGUACUAGUUUAGAUAUCUUCAAAGAUGAAUUAACAUUAUAAAUGCUCAAUUAUCAUAGUAUAUAAGAAGUAUUAAGAAUAAAUUAUGCUCCAUUGACUAUAGGAAUAGUAAACUUUAAAACUUAUGUCCCACAAAAAGGUAGCACUCCCAUGUUUUGUGUUUUAUUUUGAGACUGUUGGGUUUUAAUCGGUCAAAAGAAGUAUUAAUUUAUGUGUUAAUUUAUUAAUUAUGUUUUAUUUAUUUACUUAGUUUGAACAAUUAGUUAUGUUAGUGGGUGUAUGGUUAAGUGGGUGGUUACUUCCCACUUUCUCACUCGUAUGUUUGGC